UCUCAAGCCUUAAACCCGAUCACGCAUAUCGACUUGUACGUCGCACUUAUCGACUUGUACGCCGGAGAUUGUCGGAAUGGAAGGCGGAAUACAUCCGGCGGACGCAUCGGCGUUCAGAGACUGUUUUUCUCUUGCGUGGAAGAACCCUUAUGUUCUUCGUCUUGCUUUUUCUGCGGGUAUAGGUGGACUUCUAUUUGGUUACGAUACAGGGGUGAUAUCCGGUGCGCUGCUUUACAUCAGGGAUGAUUUCGAUUCUGUAGAUAGGAGUACCCUUUUACAGGAGAGCAUUGUGAGCAUGGCGGUUGCCGGAGCAAUCGUCGGAGCGGCAAUUGGAGGGUGGCUAAAUGACCGUUUUGGACGGAGAUUUGCACUCCUAGUCGCAGAUUUUCUGUUCUUUCUUGGAGCCAUCCUCAUGGCGGCUGCACCCAAUCCCAGCGUUUUAAUCUUGGGUCGUGUUUUUGUCGGAUUUGGAGUGGGAAUGGCGUCUAUGACCGCCCCCUUGUACAUAUCAGAAGCUUCUCCGGCAAAGGUUCGAGGUGCUUUGGUCAGCACGAAUGGCUUCUUGAUCACAGGAGGCCAGUUUCUGUCGUACCUCAUCAACUUAGCUUUCACAAAGGCACCGGGAACAUGGCGAUGGAUGCUCGGAGUUGCCGGCCUCCCGGCCCUCCUACAAUUCGUGCUCAUGCUAGGCCUUCCCGAGUCGCCACGUUGGCUAUACCGCAAGGGAAGAGAGGAAGAGGCAAUAACGAUGCUAAGAAAGAUAUAUUCGGCCGAGGAUGCCGAAAUGGAGAUCCAAGCUCUAAAGGAGUCGGUCGAAAAAGAGAUCGAGGAAACGGGAUCGUCGGAGAAAAUCAACAUGAUCAAAUUACUGAAAACGACGACUGUAAGAAGAGGUCUCGUAGCCGGGGUCGGGCUUCAGGUUUUCCAGCAAUUUGUUGGAAUCAACACCGUGAUGUAUUACAGCCCGACCAUCGCUCAGUUAGCCGGAAUUGCUUCGAACCAAACCGCACUUCUCCUCUCACUCGUGACAGCUGGUCUCAACGCCAUGGGUUCGGUCGUAAGCAUUUACUUCAUCGAUCGAACCGGAAGGAAGAAGUUGCUCGUGAUCAGUUUGAUCGGUGUGAUUCUCUCGUUGGGCCUUCUUUCGGCUGUGUUUCACGAGACCACAACGCACUCACCGGCCGUUAGCCGUACAAAUACGGCUCAGUUCGGAAAUGUAACGUGCCCGGAUUUCAGCUCAAGCAGGCCUUCGGUUACAUGGGAUUGUAUGAAAUGCUUAAAGGCUUCGUCUCCAGAUUGUGGAUUCUGUGCUGCUUCUGGUGAUAAGUUGUUACCCGGUGCUUGUUUGAUCUCGGAUGAUCCGGUUAAGAAAACUUGUCAUGCGGAAGGUCGAUUAUGGUACACUCGGGGAUGUCCGAGUAAACUCGGGUGGCUUGCACUCGUCGGGUUAGCACUCUACAUCAUAUUCUUCUCUCCCGGAAUGGGUACAGUCCCAUGGAUCGUUAAUUCCGAGAUAUAUCCGUUACGGUUCCGAGGGGUUUGUGGUGGCAUAGCCGCAACUUCAAACUGGAUCUCGAAUCUUAUCGUGGCUCAGUCGUUCUUAUCGUUAACCGAAGCCAUCGGAACCGCAUGGACCUUUUUGAUUUUCGGGGUGAUUUCGGUCGUGGCCUUGUUUUUUGUGCUUAUUUUCGUGCCGGAAACCAAAGGUUUGCCGAUCGAGGACAUCGAAAAGAUGCUGGAAGAAAGGGCUUUUCAGUUGAGAUUCUGGGCGAAAAGGCCACAGAGUGCAAAGAAAAGUGCCAAAAUUGAUGCUUGAAGUCGAUGGUUAAUAUCUGCAACUCAUUUAGUAUGGAGUAUUUUAUGGUUUUAGAGGGAAUUGUAUUUUUAAUUAUUCCACUCGAAGGAAUAGCGGUUAAGAAAGUGCGGUUAUGGUAAGAAACGAUUGCAGGGUCCACAAAUGGACCCUGCAGUAUCGGUACCGACAGAGGGCCUUUCUUAAUCGAUAUUCUUCGUAUGAGAAUACCGUUAAUUUAUAUUGUAUCCAUUGGUAUAAGAUGCAAAUUGGUUAUAUCAGGACACUAUAGAUUUCAACAAACAAGUGUUGCUAUAAAUUUGUGAGAUUAUGUGAAAUCCUUUUCAUUUGCCGUUUUAAAA